GGCCAGGUCUUGCAGCUGAACGAGACGGCUCAGGUGGUUCAGGGGGUGGAGCUCCGGAAGGAUCGGACCGGAGUCACCGCCAGGAUGCCAUCUUCCAAUGUAACCAUCUACUUUGAUGGCACCACCGCUCAUGUUGCAGGAACUCCCACAGGUGUGGCGGGUCUGUGCGGCGAUCCCAGUGAUCCCAGUCAAACCAUCACCCUGAGCGAGGCCAAGUCAGCGACCUACAGCGAGCUCGGAUGUGAGGUUCAGCCGGCAGACCACGUGAACAAGACGAUGGACUGCAACAGCACAGCGGAGCACUGUAAGGUCGUUGAGCACUCGGCCUUCGCCUCCUGCCGGCCCCACGCCGACCCACAACCCUACCUAAGUGCCUGCACAGACACUUUGUGCAACUACCCGGUGGCGGACGGGCUGAGGUGCCAGUUCCUCAAGGCGUACGCCACGACUUGCAACCUCCGGACAGGAAACAAGCUCCAAUGGAGAGAGACAGUCGGCUGCACUGUGGAUGUCUCCGCCUCCUGCCUGGAUCAGUACUGCAGCCCACACGAGUUUUGCGGGGAAAGGAAUGGCGAUAUCAGCUGCAUUUGCCGAGCUAACUUCGCCUACAAGCACAGAUCAGAAAACACUUUAGGUGACCCGGCGGUGUGCACCCAGAGCUCCGCCUCCUUGUCUCUGGCUAUCUGCCUGCUGGAGGACAAAGGACUCGACCACACCUCCCUGCACCUGAUGGACCAGAGGUGCCGAGGCCGUGUGAACAGCCAGAGCCACAUGGUGACCUUUGGCUUCUCACUCAAUAGCACCUGCGGGACACAAGCCACGAUGAAUGGCAGUCAAGUCCUCUACACGAACACCGUCAUGACAAGCAACAGGUCUCAGAGCGUCAUCUUCCGCCACAACGCAGCGGCCAUCAACUUCUCCUGCUCCUUCCUGAAGCCAUCGAGCAGGACUUUGGCCUUCAAGGUCAAACAGAGCUCCAUCGUGCAGCGCAUUGUGACCGGGAUCUGGAACUACACUCUGAGAAUGAACGCCUACAUAGACGGCAGCCACACCACCCUGGUGGAGCCCACCUCAGUGGUGGAGCUGAACCAGAGGAUCUGGAUGGAGCUGUCCACCGAGGGGCUGGACGACCAGUCCAUGGCCGUGGUGAUCAACUCCUGCUGGGCCACCAACCAGCCGUUGGGCAACGACACCAUGAGAUACGACCUCAUCAUCAAUGGAUGCCCCAAUCCUCAAGACGGGACAGUGAGGAUGGACAGCAACGGAGCGGGAACGUCCAACUACUUCUCCUUCAACAUGUUCGAGUUUGCCGGCAACAGUGGGGAAAACGAGGAGAUCUACCUGCACUGCAAACUGGAGAUGUGCCUCAAACAAGGAGGCUCCUGCCUCCAGAACUGCAGAGGCAGCAGGAGGCGCAGAUCGCUGUUUGGAAGGACCAAUCCAGCUUUCAUCUCCAUGAUCUGGAAACGCUAAGAGAUAAAGAUGCUGAAGUCUUCUAAAUGAGCGACUGUCUGCACAUCUUAUUUUAUUUUUAGGUUUUUAAUAAAGAACUAGAAGAAACUUUGAAGUAAAAUAGAAGCACGACCUAAACACUGAAGAGGGGAAUUCAAAGGGUCUGUUCUUAUUGCACUACUGCCUAAUGAUUACUUUAGGUUUUUUUUGUUUUGUUUUUUUCAAAAUAAAAUGUAAAAAAAGUGCUUAACCAGUGAAAAAAAAUGUUUAUACACAUUUUUUUUGACUGGUUAAGCACUUUUUUUACAUUUCUUUGGUGAGAAAUUCAAACUAAUGGAGUUCUACAGUGAAAUGUGCUGUCAUCUGUCUGUUAUCCUGACUAAAUAAAACAAUGGUUACUUAAUUUAUUAAUACUUUGUGUUUGGUUUUCUACAUUUUUUUUACGUUUUUUUGCCAUUUCUGAUUCUUUUAUUGUGAAAAAGAAGUCAAUUGCUGCAGUUGGAUUCACAUUUUAGGCACACAAUGGAUAUUACAUCCUAAACAGGUUAGGUAAAAUAGUAAUUCGUUCAAGAAAAAAAUAAAACGGGGAUAUUUUUUAUUUAAAAAAAAACUUUGUCCAAAAAGAACGUUGAAAAAUAAUAAGGCUGAAGAUAAAAUUGGACAAAUGUUGGUUUAUUAAUAAGUGAUUUUUGUCACAUAGCAAAAUGUGGCCAGGUUUUUUAAUAUUUUAAAGCUCAAUUGGGAGUAAAACUUUUAUUUUUUACAGUACACAAAUACUAAAAUGAAUUUCAAAUGUUUACUCCUCUGGAUUUCUGAUAUUUCUUGUUAAAGACAUGAAACAAAAAAAAGCUUUCACACUAAAUGUUCACACUUUAUAUUGUUAUUUUUUAACGAGUUGAAAAGGAAUUUACCGGGAGUAUCGGAACUUAUCGAUGUGCUUGCCAAUCACAUCAGUGGUUUUUAAUGACGUAGAAAUUACACAGAGCAUAAAUUUCAUUCUAUAUUUAACAUUAAGGGUUUAAAAAGGUUUUUAGAUUUUUAAUUUUUGGUUUAAAAAAAUAAACAGUACUAGUUAUGAGACAUAAUUACGAUACUCCUUGUAAAAAAUCUUUGUAGAUGUAGGAUAUUAGUUUUAGAUAUUUUUCACAUAGUUUUGACCUUAUCUUUGCUUUGUUUUUGGAUUUAUACGUUUUAUAUCACCUCUACGUGUUUGAUCUUUGUUGUAAAGCAUUACAAACGAUACAUUUUUGUGAUUUUUGCCAUGGGGAAAAAAAAACGACAAACUAAAAAUUCAAUAACUGAAUAACCCUAAAAAAACAAACUGGUUUGUACAUGAAUAAAUAAAUAUAAUAAAUACAGUUUUAAAGAUAAGUUAAGAGAACAAAUAUAUACAUAUAUAUAUAUCAAGGUCCCAGUACCAAAGAUCGCACAGGCAAGGAAGCCCAACAAUUUCAGACCUGUGGCUGUGACGUCACACCUAUUGAAGUCCCUAGAGAGGCUAAUCCUGAAUCACCUCCAGCCCCUAGUGAGCCCAGUGCUUGACCCCUCUCUCGAUGUGUAGAGACAACACUAUACACAUCUGACUUCCACCAUGACUCAAACAGCUGCCGUAUCCAGAAGUUCUCCGAUGACACAGCCAUCGUUGGAUGCGUGUCAGAAGGAAACCAUCUGGAAUACAAGAAGGUGAUCAAAGACUUUGUGGACAGGUGUGAAUUCAAUCACCUUCACAUCAAUGCCACCAAAACAAAGGAGAUAGUGGUUGACUUCCGCAAAAAGGCUUCUCAGUCUCCUCCAGUGGUCAUUCAGGGACUGCACAUCAAGAGGGUGGAUGUGUACAAGUACCUGGGUGUUCACAUCAACAAUAAACUGGACUGGUCAGACAACACAAGGGUCCUGCACAAGAGUCAGAGUUGCCUCCACCUUCUGAGGAGACUGAGGUCCUUUGGUGUGUGUAGGCUACCACUCAAGACCUUCGAUGAAACUGUUGUUGCAUCAGCAACUUUCUAUGCUGUGGUCUGCUGGUGUGGAGGAAUUACUGACAGGGACAAAAAUAAGCUGGACAAGCUGGUGAAGAGAGCUAGUUCUGUCCUGGGCUGUCCCCUGGACUCAGUGGACUCUGUAGGUGAGAGGAGGAUGCUGACCAAGCUGUCCAGCAUCCGGAACAACCCCUC